AGACGUAAUUAAGAAGCCCCGGAUUCCAAUUUUUUUUUUUUUUAUUCCGUGAGAGUGACACAAGCAUCCAGGGAGCGCGCUUUGGAGUGGACGUCAGUCACUGCGCGUGUCAGUCAAUCCAACCCUUCCGGACACAGAGAGCGCGCCGCGCAUCCACAUUCCCUCACGCGAGGAGCGCUCAGCUGUCUCAUCCCGUUCUGUCUCGAGCGCCUGGAAUUUUACCUCCCCGGUGCUGUUCACACCUUUCUCUGCCGGGCGACCCGUAGUGCUCUCCGUGGCGAUGGUGUCUGACAUGAUCUGACAGAGGAAGACUGCAGCGAUAGUCUCCGUGGUUAUUAUGGGCUGUGCCCACUGUAAACAGAAAAAGGCUGCAGCCAAGGCUGCUGCAGUCGAGCUGUCUGACCCAUCUCCUAGCAACAGCCCUGAUGGGGUUGUGUCUACAGCAUCGGCCAUGCCCCGUUAUCAUCCUGGCCCCACCCACCCGACAAUACCUGACUUCAACAAGCCGUUUGGCUCUGCCUGUUUUCCUAAUACCAACGCACAAACCUGUGCAGGGGGCAUCACAGGUGGAGGUGUAACUCUCUUCAUAGCGUUGUAUGACUAUGAUGCUCGUACAGAAGAUGACCUGUCCUUCCAGAAGGGAGAGAAGUUCCACAUUAUCAACAACACAGAGGGGGACUGGUGGGAGGCCCGGUCAUUGGACACUGGGAAGUCUGGUUACGUCCCUAGUAACUAUGUAGCUCCUGUAGACUCUAUACAGGCUGAGGAGUGGUAUUUUGGGAAGAUGGGAAGGAAAGAUGCAGAGAGACAGCUCCUGGGACUGGAGAACCCCAGAGGAACAUUCCUUAUCAGAGAGAGUGAGACCACCAAGGGUGCCUACUCCCUGUCCAUCCGGGACUGGGAUGAUGGGAAAGGUGACCAUGUCAAGCAUUAUAAGAUCAGGAAGCUGGACAAUGGAGGAUAUUAUAUCACAACACGCACACAGUUCGACACCGUGCAUCAACUGGUGCAGCACUACACAGAGCGAGCGGCAGGUUUGUGCUGUAGGUUGAUUGGCAGCUGUAGGCGGGGCAUGCCUAAGCUAGCCGACCUAUCGGUGAAGACCAAGGACGUGUGGGAGAUUCCCAGAGAAUCUCUCCAACUGAUUAAGAAGCUGGGAAACGGGCAGUUUGGAGAAGUCUGGAUGGGUAUGUGGAACGGCACCACCAAGGUAGCAGUGAAGACAUUGAAGCCAGGCACCAUGUCUCCAGAGGCCUUCCUAGAAGAAGCUCAGAUCAUGAAGAGACUGAGACAUGACAAGCUGGUGCAGCUGUACGCUGUGGUCUCUGAAGAACCCAUCUACAUCAUCACAGAGUUCAUGAGCCAAGGUAGCUUACUGGACUUCCUAAAGGAUGGGGAAGGAGGGAAUCUGAAGUUGCCUCAGCUGGUGGAUAUGGCUGCACAGAUAGCGGCAGGCAUGGCGUAUAUAGAGCGUAUGAACUACAUCCAUCGUGAUCUGCGAGCGGCUAACAUUCUGGUCGGGGAAAAUCUGGUGUGCAAGAUAGCUGACUUUGGUCUGGCCAGACUCAUAGAGGACAAUGAGUACACAGCCAGACAAGGAGCCAAGUUCCCCAUCAAGUGGACAGCUCCUGAAGCAGCUCUAUACGGGCGCUUCACCAUCAAGUCUGAUGUGUGGAGCUUUGGUAUCCUGCUCACUGAACUCAUCACAAAAGGACGCGUGCCUUACCCAGGUAUGAAUAACCGUGAGGUUCUGGAGCAGGUGGAGAGGGGGUACAGGAUGCCCUGUGCGGUGGGUUGUCCUGCCUCCCUCCAUGAGCUGAUGGUGCAGUGCUGGCGGAGAGAGGCGGACGAGAGGCACACCUUUGAAUACCUGCAGGGCUUCCUGGAAGACUACUUCACUGCUACUGAACCCCAGUACCAGCCUGGAGAGAACCUGUGACCACGCACAUGCACACAGACACAAGUGUACACACACACACACACACACACACACACACACACACACACACACA